AUGGGCCACCUGGAGGAGAUCGCGAGGGGCAGCGGCAGGCUGCGGCGGAGCUCGGCGUCCAGCGGAACGGCGACGACGGGGAGUGACGGCGGCGUCGGCGCCGAGUCGCCCCCAUGGAGCCUCGAUCUGCGCUGCCGGCCGAUGGAGGAGGUGGUGACAGAGACGCGACUGAAGGGUCCCCUCAUCGAUCGCCUUCACCGGCUCGAAGACCGCGUCCUGAAGGUGUAACCCUAAUCCUAAUUUCUUCCGCUGCCUCAAUUAUCGUUCGGUCGUUCGUUCACAUCUAGAUCUGGCAUUCUCUCGAGCAGCUGGGUCUCCAGAUGGGGGAGGAGAUGGAGGCGGAGAUGGAGAUGGAGAGGAAGAAGGAGGAGAGAAGGUCCCAUAGAAAGGGACUGAAGAGCCUCGUGAAGUCGUGCAUGAGAGGGAAAACCGGAGAGCACCACAAGGACGUAGCCGACGAAUGA